AUGCUCGCACCCAGCAGAGCCAGGGCGCUUGCAUCCUCGGCGGUCAUCACGCUGCCGAGCUUCCUCGUGCCUGCCUUCCAGACGACGACGGCAAGCCGCAGCUCGCCCGCGCGCCUCUUUUCAGCGACGACAAGCCGGCCGUCCAAGCUCGGCACCACGCCCAUUUCUAUCCCUCCAAGCGUCGAGCUCGCAAUUAGCGAGCCCAAGGUCAAGAAGGACCUGACGACCUGGCUUAACAUUGCGAGACGAACCGUCACAGUGACGGGCCCGCUGGGAACGCUCGACCUAGAGAUCCCCCCAUUCCUUCACAUCGACUUUGACGUCGCGGCGAGGAGAGCCGUAUUAAGCGUGGAGGACCGGAACGUGAAGCAGCAGAGGGAGAUGUGGGGGACCACGUGGGCAUACCUCAACCGGCACAUUAUGGGAGUAUCGGAAGGGCACACUGCGGUGCUGCGCCUGGUGGGCAUUGGUUACAGAGCCACGGUCGAGACGCGCCCGGCGCUCGAGACAUACCCCGACCAGCCGUUCGUCAUACUCAAGCUCGGCUUCUCCCACCCGGUCGAGAUGGGCUGCCCGUUAGGCGUCAAGGCCAGCACGCCGCAGCCGACGAGAGUGCUGCUCGAGGGCAUCAACAGGGAAGUCCUCAUGUCGUUCGCCGCCCGGAUUCGCAAGUGGCGCGUUCCGGAGCCGUACAAGGGCAAGGGCAUCUUUGUCAACGAAGAGACGAUCAAGCUGAAGCAGAAGAAGAUUAAAUGA